AUGUUUGACGUUAAUACAAGCCGGCUCAGUUAUGACCUUCGCUCUUCUGGAAUGAAUUUAAUAGUGCCAAAAGCAAGAACAAACUGUUUUAGGAAUAGUUUUGCUUCUGCAGGCGCUAAGCUCUGGAAUUCUCUUCCUUCCAGUUUAAAGGAAGAGACUUCUUUAAAACAAUUUAAGGCUAACAUCAGGUCGUAUUUGCUCAUAAUUUAAGUUUUUUUAUCAUUAGGUUUAACAUUGUGUACGAUCUUUCUUAGUUUAGUUUUUAGAUAUAUAUCUAUAUCUUUAUGUAAGUUAAAUAACGCACAGCUUUUAGGUAGACCAGAUGCUUUGUGUAAAGUUAUUUGAUAAAAUUACCGUGGGUAAAUAAAGUUUUCACUCACUCACACCCACUCACAUAGCCCCACAAAGCCAUACAUAGCCCUACAUAGCCAUACAUAGCCACACAUAGCCAUACACAGCCAUACAUAGCCCUACAUAGCCCUACAUAGCCCUACAUAGGCAUACACAGCCAUAGAUAGCCCUACAAAGCCCUACAUAGGCAUACACAGCCAUAUAUAGCCCUACAUAGCCCUACAUAGGCAUACGCAGCCAUACAUAGCCCUACAUAGCCAUACAUAGCCCUACAUAGCCAUACAUAGCCAUACACAGCUCUACAUAGCCAUACACAGCCCUACAUAGCCAUACAUAGCCCUACAUAGCCAUACAUAGCUCUACAUAGCCAUACACAGCCCUACAUAGCCCUACAUUGCCCUACAUAACCAUACAUCGCCCUACACAGCCAUACAUCGCCCUACACAGCCAUACAUAGCCCUACAUAGCCCUACAUAGCCAUACAUAGCCCUACAUAGCCAUACAUAGCCAUACACAGCUCUACAUAGCCAUACAUAGCCCUACACAGCCAUACAUAGCCCUACAUAGCCCUAGUAUACGCAGCCAUACAUAGCCAUAGACAGCCCUACAUAGCCAUUUAUAAACUAACUAAGAUAGUAUGCGCGCUCUGAUUGGGCGAGAGUAGUGUUUGCGUGAGAGUAUGUAAACAUCAUUGUGGGGACAAGAUGUUUCGCUUUUCACGCGGUUAUCUUGCAGGCACGAAUUUCAAAAAGUUUUGCAGUUCAAAACUCGACAAGUUUACUUUAGUUACCCAUUUCUUCGUCGCCUGAAACUUGGAAAAUCCUUACAAAGAAGGUGUGUCAAUUUCUCUUCGCUUAAGCUGACAUUUUAAGCGAGAAAUAUCCGUAUUUUAGAAAGCAUCUUUUUGCAAAACGAAAACUGAUUACACGUGCAACACUUCGUGGACAAGACUUUGCGACUGGUAAGAAUUUAUCUUUUAAUCAGUGCCGUACAAAGAGUAUUGCGUUUUUUCUCGGGAAAGUUAUUUUAUAAAAGCAAUGGAAAGCUUAUUUCCUGUGUUUGCAUAGCCUAAUGUAAACACUCGAGGGGUUGGGAGAAUUCUCUAUUCAUGUACUUAAUUCAUUGUAUUAGGUUCGGCUCGUGAAAAGAUGCGCGUCUGAACCGGGCCUUAGAAUGUCUACAUUUUGAUUCUGCAACUAGUUUCAGUAUUAAUAUAUCCACUUAAGACACUCUUGUUUCUUGCUAGCAAGAAUGUUAAUAAUUACCUUGCAUUUGUGGUGUAGUGGAGUACAGUGUAAUUUAAUUUAAUGCAUAUAUUUGUCUCUAGGAGUUGGAUGAGGAAUUGUUACUACGAGCUGCAACUCAAGGUAAAGCCAACUAUGGAUCCUCACUAUCGUAUUUUUCCGCUGUUUGAUCGACCCGGGUUAUGUUAACAGCCCUAAUUUGCAGGGUUUCAUUUCAUUUGUUAGGUACAGUCACACCAGACUUUUGUGAUUAACCUCCUGUCGGUUUGGGUUGGGUUCGCUAUGGGUUUUGAUCACUUAUAUUUUUCGAGAUUACACGCCGAUAUUUUAAACCUUCUUUGACAUAUAUAAUAUAGUGAAUCAAUUAAUUGGCGUCAUUGUGGUUACUGUAUUGUUAUGUCAUAAAAUGUGCUGUCCUACGAAAUGCUUGUAUAACGCAUGCCAAAGCAGUUAAACGUUUUUAAGGCUAAUGACCAUGAGGCCAUAAAUACCAACUUACGUUAACGUCAUGCCUUACUUUCAAUAGCAGAAGAUUCUAACAACCAGGAAAGGAAGAAACAAAAGGGAAAGAGAAAAGGUAAUUUGUUUUUGGGUGGGGUAACUGUACCUUGGUUCAAAUGUCUUCAUUUUCCUCGCUUACUCUAUCUUCUGUUCUUUAUUUUUAAAUUGCUUUUUUUAGCCUUAAGCAACAAGACUUUUCAGAACACACUCCUUCCAUUGCCUACUUUAAAACCGUAUUUAUAAGUAACUGCAACCAUAUGCACUUUCUUCUCGGUCGAAUGGCUCUAUCAAAAGUAGUGGAAAUAAAAGACAGCAAGCAUCCACAAAAGCUAUGAAAUAGAAUCAAUAUCUCAGAAUAUUAUACUUGAAUCCAUGGCAGGUAGUCGCCAAGUCUCGUCUCUGGCAUAUGCUCAGCAUCCUGGAGUUCAAACAGGUAACCUCAGCUUUUGUUUGACCAGCACUUUUAUUUGUUGAAAAGAAUUUACGUUCUCGUGAGUUCAGGUUAAUCGUCGACUAUUAUUUUUAUUAUUUUAAUCUGUUAAUUGUUGCAUGUAAUUUUUACUUUCAUGUUUAUCUUGUAAGUGGUUGGUGUGUGGCUUAACCGGCUUUUACAAACCUAAUCGAGGUGAUGAUGAUGAUGAUGAUUUAUUUUUUACCUACAGCAAGAAGACAAAAGAGUGACCGCAUUAAUUUAUUCACAUUCUUUCGUGCAGAUUUAAUCCAAUCAGAAGCCAGCUGGAAACUGUCCUCGACUUCUGAUUGAUUAAUGUCUGCAUGGAAGAAUGUGAAUUAAUUGAAGGAGGUGACACUUUUAGGCUCCUUGCUGUUAAACAAUAAAUUGAUACCACAAGUACCUACUUUUGUUAAUGUUCAAGUAGCCACUUUACUAAUUUCAAAUAUUUUAUUCCACAGGAAAGAGACAAAGAAAAAAACGUUGAUCCAAUGCCGUCUCAUCUAUUUCAUUAAAGCUACUGAAAAGAUAUAGUUCAAUCAAAGUAAAAACCUAUCUGUAGUCCACAACAUGUUGAACUUGUUAAGGUGGCCCGAACCUAUUUAUAUGCGCGUUGGUUAUCUGUCCGUCUUCGGGUUUCGAAAUAAUUGACAUUUUUUCGUAAAAAUGGGGUUUUAACCAUAUGCCGAUAUCUCAAACGUUUUUAUACCUACAAGAAAAUAAAUAACCUUUUCUUAAAGUUCGACCAUUCUUUAUUAAGGAUGCCAAAAUCAUGAAAAUCGGUUAAUUCAUUUCUGCCGAGAAACGCUAUUCAGAAACAUAACCAACGCGCAUAUAAAAAGUUUCGGGCGACCUUAAGAAAGUUGUUAAGAAAGGUUCACCUUUAUAAUUGUUAUUUGAGUGAUGCCUCAUACCAUUUGAAAGUGUCUUUUUUUUUUCGACUUAAUGCGCUAAUUAGGUCACGUGACCUCCAUUGCCUGAAAAAGAUUGUUCUUGAAAAGGCAACGCUUUUUCGUGUGUCCUCAACUUUUUUACCGGUUGCAUAAUGUUAAGGCCGUUUAAUAUUUCACUUCUGUGCUUGGCCUUUUUUAGAUAUUUAAAAGCGAAGGCGUUAAGAUCUGAUAAAAAUGUCUUGGGCCAAUGGGUCUAGUUGAAAAAACCAAUUAUUUUCUAAAACAGUAAAAAAUUCAAAAAAGGCCAAGCACAGUUUUGUAGGUGCUUACAUUACACAUUAUCCUAAACCAGUUCGGUUUAAUAACUCACAACAAAAAGUGUUGCCAUUUUUGUUGAAAGAUUUUUUAUUGUUUUCUGACAGUAUGGAGUCACGUGACAACAUUUGUGUAAUUGGAAAACACCAAAUUGACAGAAACCACACAUGUAUGUAUGUGGCAAAGUCUCAUCUUUCCAGAGCUUAAGUGCUCAGAGAUAGACCACCCCCAUCUUUUUUUCACUGAAUCAUUUUGGGCCCAUGCCUUAAUUUUUCUGAGGAUGUUUCUAACGUUAUAGCGGACGUUUCAAAGAAGAAACGUUGAUAUGUUUUGUGAAACUGUAGCACGAUUGUGGCAAUAUUUUGUCACUCAGGAUCGAUCAAUACGCAAACGGUUUUUUAGAAUUAUUAUUUUACAACUUAGUAGUUAGAUUGUUGAAUAAACCAAUAAUAAAGCAACUUUUCAAAGCCGAGUUGGUUAGUCAAGCCACUUUUGGGCGUUCAUUCUCGCCGUUUUUUCCCACUCUGUUCCCUUCCCUACCAUCUGAACUCAAGAAUAAUCGUAUGAGAAACCCUGCCGCCCAAAUUUUAUCAUAGGGAAGGAAGUUAGCCGAAAACACUCGUUGGGUGCACCUGAUAAAUAAAGCAAGUCUGGAUUUGUUCUUCUGCCACCCCAAGUAGUAAAGUGUGUGUGGUCUGACUGUCAAAGGCGAAUUUUAUAAAUAACUAUCCACAACCUGUUUUCCAUUUCAACGAGUCACAACUACGCUGUGUAAAAGUAAUCGUAACCCAAACGUUACAGAGACGACCCCUGGCGGCCCACGUCUCUAAAUUCUGAGUUAGUGGAAAUACCCCCCUCAGCCUCAGAUAUAGUAGCCUCCCCGCAAACGUUUUUAGGGGUUCGUCAUGCGUUCCUGCCCGAGGAACGCGUGACGAACCCCCUAAGAUCGUCUACGGUGGAGGCUACAGACAUGGGCCCAUUUAUAUUAGAGCGAAAACAGCCGGAUUCAACUCCCUCGAUCCACUGUUUCUAUUCCGGUUGCACCACGCAGAGAAUGAUUUUUUAUAUUUGUCAAAAUUUGCAUCCCGGGUGGAACGUGCAUGGAUAGCCCUUUCAACGGUUUUUUCCACUUUUGACAUGGACCAGUGAGGAUAAAAUCUGUCAAUACUACUAGAAAGAAGCCUCAAAGUUAGUAAGACUGCCAAAUUUGAAAGUGACAUGUCAUGUUUGUAUGGUGGGGGAUAAGUUUGCCUCCUCCCCACGUCCCCCCCCCCCCCAAAAUAAAAUUUAAAAUUUCGCCAUAAAAUUUCUUAAAAUUUCGUUACUUUGAGAAGCUAUAUCUUGGUUAGUUUACAACAAAUCACUUUCAAACCUAGUGACUGAUUUAACUAAUUCAAAGGCGCACACGGAGUUUGGGGACUUGCCCCUUCAUGAAAAAGGUGAAGAAUAGAAUGAACAACGAAGGGUCUAUUGCACAGCGAGGUGUGGAAUCACUAGUUGCUUUUUUUAGUCACAUCCAUUGGUGUCCGCAAUUAUGCGGGGUUUUAGCGAUCAAGAUCUGAUGAUGUGUAUCGAUAUGUGGGGUCCUAGUGCUUGUGGGAAAGUUAAAUUACUAAACCCCUAAAGAGACCAGAGAGGGUGUGGAUUCCCAUACAAAAACAGACAUCCAUAGGUCAGUGUCACGGAAUUUAUUUAUGCACAGCCAUAAGCGAUACCUUAAUGAGCAAAUAAAGUGUCGAAAAUAACUUUAAGUGACACUAAAAUCGGCAAUUUACAUCACUAAGGGAAACGAUGAGCAUCCCCUUCACUUUUAUGAGAGUGUCACCCCCAGGGUGCACAUGUAAUAAAUACAUCAAUACGAGUAUGCGAUUUGGCAUUAACUCUGCAGGUUCUUUGAUGAAGUGUGCCAAUUGAUAUUCAACCAUGAAGUCCAAUAGAUGGGUAGUGUGAAUCUCCAAGGGAUUUGAAAGAAAAUUACAAUUCAAAUCUCCCAGUAUGUACUGAAUUUCGUCAUACCUGGAAUCUGUCGGGGUAUGUAGGGUUAUGUACGAGAAAGGGUGUCCUAUCAAUCUCAGAGAAAAAGUGGCUGCAAUAUUUCCAAACUCUUUAUUCUAAUGAAUCUCUUAACCCGGCCCAUUUUCGGAUAAAUUAGAAGUGAAAUGGUAAAAGCUAUUCUUGUCACUUUGAUGCCUGUAUAUGAAAAAUUAUUCAAUUCCUACCCUAGGUACUAUGUCUCAGACCUAAUGUGGUGGUCUCAAUUCGAGCGGGAGUAAUGACCCGGCAAAUUUCC